AUGGCUGUUGCAGCAAAGGCUGAGGCUGCAGAGAAGGCGAAAUCAUUGGCAGAGGAGUUUAGAUGCAUAGAGGAGGUAACUCGACGUGUGCGAAAGGAGGCGGAAAUGGCAAGGGCCGCAGACGAGCAGACAAGGAGGGGGGAGGACCGGCAGAGUGCAGAGCGUGUGAAGAGGGCGAGGGCUGAGGCCGCAGAGGAGCGAAAAAAAGCGGAAGAGGAACGGCAGAGGGUUGAGGACGCAGAAAGGGCCAGGUUGGAGGCAGAGGCGAACGAACGCAAAGAGGAGGAGGCGCGUCGUACAAUUGAGGUUGCUGAGAUGGCGGCGCUGGCAGCAGAGAAACAAACACGGACGCUGGAGGAAGGUGCGAGAUUACGCACCGAGGAGGAGGCGCGUCGUCAACUGGCAGCAGAAAGGGCGAAUGCCGCAGAGGAGCGGAAGAGAGCGGCGGAGGAAAUGCUGAGAACGCAGGCCGCAGAGAGAGCUAGGGUCGAGGCAGAGGCAAAAAUGCGGAUAGAGGAUGAGGCAGUUCGUCUGAGAGAGGAAGCAGAUAGGGCGACCGCUGAGAGAUUAAGGCUGGAGGCAGCGAUGAUGGUUCGCAGAGAGGAGGAAGCGCGGCAUGCAAAGGAGGCGGCUGAGACGUCGCAGGCCGUAGAGGACCGGACAAGGGCGGAAGAACGGCAGAGGGCAGCGGCCGCAUUAAGGGCCAGGCCGGAGGCAGAGGAUAAGCAACGCAAAGAGGAGGAGGCCAUGCGUGCGAUAGAGGAUGCAGAGAGGGCGAGGUCCGCAGAUGAGGGCAAGAGAGCGGGGCAGGAACGGCAGAGGGCAGAGGCUGCAGAUAGGGUGAGUGCGGAAGCAGCUGCAAUGACUCGUAGAGAGGAAGAGGAGCGGCGUGCAAAAGAGGAGGCAGAUAAGGCGAAGGCCGUAGAGGAGCGAAGGAGAGCGGAACAAGAACGACAGAGGGAAGAGGCUGAGGAGAGGGUCAGGACGGAGGCAGCAGCGAUGGUUCGCAGAGAGGAAGAGGCGCUGCGCGCUAGAGAGGCGGCAGAGAGGGCGAGGGUCGCAGAGGAGCGCAUGAGAGAGGCGCAGGAACGUCAGAGGGCAGAGGCUGCAGAUAGGGUGAGGGCGGAAGCAGCUGCAAUGAUUCGUAGAGAGGAAGAGGAGCGGCGUGCAAAAGAGGAGGCAGAGAAGGCGAAGGCCGUAGAGGAGCGAAGUAGAGCGGAACAUGAACGGCAGAGGGAAGAGGCUGAGGAGAGGGUCAGGACGGAGGCAGCAGCGAUCGUUCGCAGAGAGGAAGAGGCGCUGCGUGCUAGAGAGGCGGCAGAGAGGGCGAGGGUCGCAGAGGAGCGCAUGAGAGAGGCGCAGGAACGUCAGAGGACAGAGGCUGCAGAUAGGGUGAGGGCAGAAGCAGUUGCAAUGAUUCGUAGAGAGGAAGAGGAGCAGCGUGCAAAAGAGGAGGCAGAGAACGCGAAGGCCGUAGAGGAGCGAAGUAGAGCGGAACAUGAACGGCAGAGGGAAGAGGCUGAGGAAAGGGUCAGGACGGAGGCAGCAACGAUCGUUCGCGGGGAGAAAGAGGCGCUGCGUGCUAGAGAGGCGGCAGAGAGGGCGAGGGUCGCAGAGGAGCGCAUGAGAGAGGCGCAGGAACGUCAGAGGACAGAGGCUGCAGAUAGGGUGAGGGCGGAAGCAGCUGCAAUGAUUCGUAGAGAGGAAGAGGAGCGGCGUGCAAAAGAGGAGGCAGAGAAGGCGAAGGCCGUAGAGGAGCGAAGUAGAGCGGAACAUGAACGGCAGAGGGAAGAGGCUGAGGAGAGGGUCAGGACGGAGGCAGCAACGAUCGUUCGCAGAGAGGAAGAGGCGCUGCGUGCUAGAGAGGCGGCAGAGAGGGCGAGGGUCGCAGAGGAGCACAUGAGAGAGGCGCAGGAACGUCAGAGGGCAGAGACUGCAGAUAGGGUGAGGGAGGAAGCAGCUGCAAUGAUUCGUAGAGAGGAAGAGGAGCGGCGUGCAAGAGAGGAGGCAGAGAAGGCGAAGGCCGUAGAGGAGCGAAGUAGAGCGGAACAUGAACGGCAGAGGGAACAGGCUGAGGAGAGGGUCAGGACGGAGGCAGCAGCGAUCGUUCGCAGAGAGGAAGAGGCGCUGCGUGCUAGAGAGGCGGCAGAGAGGGCGAGGGUCACAGAGGAGAGCAUGAGAGAGGCGCAGGAAUGUCAGAGGGCAGAGGCUGCAGAUAGGGUGAGGGCGGAAGCAGCUGCAAUGAUUCGUAGAGAGGAAGAGGAGCGGCGUGCAAGAGAGGAGGCAGAGAACGCGAAGGCCGUAGAGGAGCGAAGUAGAGCGGAACAUGAACGGCAGAGGGAAGAGGCUGAGGAGAGGGUCAGGACGGAGGCAGCAGCGAUUUUUCGUAGAGAGGAAGAGGCGCUGCAUGCUAGAGAGGCGGCAGAGAGGGCGAGGGUCGCAGAGGAGCGCAUGAGAGAGGCGCAGGAACGUCAGAGGGCAGAGGCUGCAGAUAGGGUGAGGGCGGAAGCAGUUGCAAUGAUUUGUAGAGAGGAAGAGGAGCGGCGUGCAAGAGAGGAGGCAGAGAACGCGAAGGCCAUAGAGGAGCGAAGGAGAGCGGAACAUGAACGGCAGAGGGAAGAGGCUGAGGAAAGGGUCAGGACGGAGGCAGCAGCGAUCGUUCGCAGAGAGGAGGAGGCGCUGUGUGCUAGAGAGGCGGCAGAGAGGGCGAGAGCCGCAGAGGAGCGCAUGAGAGAGGAGCAUGAAUGUCAGAGGACAGAGGCUGCAGAUAGGGUGAGGGCGGAAGCAGUUGCAAUGAUUCAUAGAGAGGAAGAGGAGCGGCGUGCAAGAGAGGACGCAGAUAAGGCGAUGGCCGUAGAGGAGCGAAGGAGGGCGGAAGAAGAACGGCAGCAUGCAAUGGCGGAGGAAGAGGCGCGGCGUGCUAAAGAGGCGGCAGAGAGAGCAAGGGAAGAUGCAGAAAGGUCCAUGGUCAUAGAGGAGCUCUUGAGAGCUGAGCAUGAUCGGCUGAGGGCUGCAGCUGCAGAGCGGAUGAGGGACGAGGCAGACCUGUUAUCUCGCAGAGAGGAGGAAGAGCGGCGUAGACAUCCGGUAGAGAGGGUCAUGAGCGAGGCAGAGGCGAUUAUACGUAGAGAGGAAGAGGAUCUGCGGAUGGAUGAGGUCAGGCUUGAGUCCAAGGUGAUACAACCCAGCGCGGAGGAAACGCGCAUUGCCACGACGGCGGCUCGCCGAACAACAGAGGACCCUCGGCAGAAUGCAGACGUUGAAAUGGGGGUAGAGAGUGUUACAACAUCGACAGAGCAUGGGAGAGUGGGCGGGGAACUAGGAAGAACUCAAGGGGAUGAGAUGAGGGCUGCUGAGCUUGAGGAGAUGCGCCGCAGAUGGGUGGAUGAAUUGGAGUCUCGCCAACGACGCGAGGAGGCAGCGAGGAGGAGAGCUGCCGAAGAGCGGGAGCAUUUAGAACAUGAACAGGAGUUGGCAGAAGCUGUCCAGCGGCUUAGGGCGCAACGAGAACGGUGUAGAGCGGAGGGGGAGCGGGAAAGACUACACGCUGCAAAGAUGGCAAGGGUAGAGGCCAAGGCAUUGCGUCAGAUUCUGGCUGAGGACGCUCGGAGCGCACGGGAGGAGAAUGAACGGGAUAGUGCGGUCGAAGUGCAAAGAGCAAACGCGGAGACAGAAACUGCAGUGAAUGGGGGAAACGCAUCUAGAGCAUCUCAGGCUUUGGAUGAUGCGACAGUACGGGCAAUCGCCGAGGAUGAGCAAAGGUUGGCAAACGCUGAACGGGAGCGUGAGGCAUCUGCAACGAGAGCGAGGCAAGAGGUUGAGCACAUGCGCCGUAGGUGGGACGAGCAGGUGGUCACGCGACGAGCAAGAUUGCAAACAGAGAGGAUGCGGGUUGAGCGGGAAGAGAGGAUGGUGGAGGCGGUGGCAGGUGAUGAAGUGGCGAGGGCUACGCGUGAUGCGAGUGAUCAGUUUCUCAACGCCGGACGGGAUAGUGCUAUGACGCAGAGAGAACGCGAGUGGGGGGAAGCCGAGAACUUCGUUCGGCAGAACGGCAUGCAAGGAGCAGCCAUAUUAGAGGAGACUGGUGAUGGGUUUGUGGAGGCGGGAACAACCGGAGUUGGUGAUGGUGUGGCCGGAGUGGCAGAAGUCCUAAGACGUCUAACGCUCGUCGCGCAGGCCGUGGCCAGCAGCUCCGCACAACAGAAUGCUAGGAUUAGUGGCAACCUCCGCCAGCUCCAAUUUGCAUAUGCGGCAAUGGGCCGGGCGGCGCUGGAGGGAAGACUUAGGGUGGUUCUACCCAACGACUACAUGGAGACGAUGAAAAAGGCUAUUAUCGCCAACGUCCAAGAAACACUUUCGGGGGUCAAGUCUGCGAUGGAUGAGAAUUGCCGGAGGCUUGAGACUUUGAAAGCCGACAUCCUGGCAGCGGUGGAUGAGAAGCUGUCUGGGAGGAUACAGGUCGGCCAAGUUCCGGUCCAACAACCCAACCCACCGUCUGCCCCGCAUUUCUCCCAACCUUUCGCGUGUGACAACUUCCUAGAUGCAGCGCUCGCGGCGGCCGCGAACAUGGUCGAGAGAUGGGGGUUUGCAGGCCGACAGGAGAUGUUGGAGUCGGAAAGACGUACAGAGACGGGAGGGGAACACACCAGCGUUGAAAGGGAGGCGCAGAUGGGACGUGGCGAACCCACGGCGGUGACCAGCGUGGGGCGGGCUGACAAGGAUGGAGAAAAGGCGAAUGAACAACGUGCUAGUGAGGCUGCGGAGCAACAGCGGCGCAUGGAGGAAGCAGAGCGGCAAAGAGCGCUCGAGGAGGAGCAGCGUGCUGCUAGAGAGGCGGAAGAGGCGAGGCUAAGAGUCGAACAGGAACGGGUAGCGGCGCAGAGGCGCGCGGCGAGGGCGGCAGCACUUUCGAUGGCAGAGUCAAGGCGCAAGCGCCUUGAGGAGGAUGCUGCACGGGAGAGGGCAGAAGCGGAAAGACGGCAUAGGGAAAUGGAGAUUGAGCGAAAGCGACUUGAGGACGAGCAAGAGCGUUUGGCAAAGGAGGACGAGCAAGAGAUCACGGCAGAGGAACGGCUGCAAAGCGAUCACGUGGCAGAUCUUGGUGUAACAGCUACCGACAGUUGCAAUGUAGAGGGUCCGCCAGAACGUACAGUGGAGGAUUCGGAGGGAGUUGUGGAACGGGGAGAAUCUGCACGACAAGCACCCGCACCACCAGCCCGUUUUACGAGGACAAUAACAGGAUCCCUCUCUGGACGGACAGCACAACGUGGUAUCACGAUCGCCACCUCCAUGGUAGAGAGAGUUAGGAUGGCGCGGCAGAUGGAUGCGCGGUAUACGGAGGCGGUGACUGGAUCUACACCACUGGUGCCUUUCGACGCGCGAGAACGCACAAAUUGGGGUACUUCAGGGGACAGGAUCGAGGCGGAGGAUACUGGUGUGCCCUCGAUUGCGGCAGAUCAAGCCACACUACCACGCCGGGAAGCCGUAGAAGCUGAAGGGCGCAGAACACCAAACCUGGAUAACGUGCGGUCUGCAGAUGAUCUUUCUGCAGAAGAGGACAGCGGCGGGCGAAUGCAGGAGAGGGAACAAAGGAGCGCAACGGCUGCGGAAAAAAGAGCGCAGAAUCAUGCAGAGAUGCAGGAGCGAGAUGCAGGAGUGGGGCAGAGUCAAUGCGAAGAUGCUGAGUGGAUCACGUUGAAUGUGGAUCGUACGGAGAGGGGGGCAGAUGGUGCUUUACGAGUUGUCCAUCACAAGGAAGUGAUGGUCACCCAAGACGCGGAUGGUGACCGGAGACGUCAACGCGUACAAUCGGAGUGUGACGCUGAAAGGCCUGCAGCGAAGAGGCUAUGCUCUGCCAACAAUUCACAGCCAGGGGAUGCGGUUGUGCAUCUAGUAGAUGCAACGCGGGGUGGGGUCGAUUUGCCCACCCUUGGGUUCGGUGUUCUACAGGUUCUGCAAGUGGGCGACGCCGAUGUAGAGAGAGCUGACGAUGAUUCACACGAGCAGCCAGUUCCUGAGGCGGACGACGAGGGGAAGAGACUUGUAGUGCAUCGGCCGUUCAAGGCGCCGGGAUUGUUCGAGAGAAACAAAAACGAUCCUGAGAAGAUGCGGUACACAUCUGAGCAGACGCUAGGGGGCAAGAAGCAAAACAUGGGGUCACAUAAGGGGGCGUGGAGUAGAAACUUCACCGUCUGUGUCUGCUGGCUGGCGUACUUCCCGGAUUGCAACUUGUCGUCUUACGGGAUCCCCGCCACAGAUAUUGAAAGGUGGCGCGAUGAACUCCAAUUUGCGGUAUCCCUGCCGACUGGCGUGUGGAGUGUCAUCAACGAGCUGUCGCUGGACAGAUAUGCCAAGUGA